UUCAACUAUCUAGCUAGAGUGUGCAUUGGCAAGUACAUAUAUAUAUAGCGAGUGAGUUUGCAAUAAUGGAGAAAGAGAAAGAAAUGGCAGAAGGAGUGUUGCAGUUUGAUGAGACAACGAUAAGCGCUCAAAGAGCUGCAAGGAGUGGAAGCUGGAGAAUGUUCAAGACAAUCUUGGAGAAAGACCCAAAGCGUUUGAUGGAGCCUUUUGACUUGUUUGGGAACACUGCCAUUCACGUUGCAACACGUUCCAACAAUCCAGGGCUUCUCCGUGAGUUGUUGGAAAUGCUGAGUGAGAAGGAGAGGUGGCAUGCAUUGAGGAAGGGAAAUUGUGUGAAUAACACCCUUCUCCAUGAGAUCAUCUUCUGUACUACGGUGGAGAUGGCUGCUGUUGUGUUGAAGUUUGAGAAUGAGGCUGCACCAGAAGACAUACCAGAAGACAUAACAGAAGAAAAGAAACCAUUGCUAGAGAUCGUAAAUGACUCAGGUGAAACCCCUCUCUUCAGGGCUGCUAAACUCGGCAGGCUUAAGAUGCUCAAGUAUAUGGCCAAUCAUGCUGAGGGUGACAUAAGAAGGCUUUUUGUUAGAUCGGACAAAUAUUCCAUUCUUCAUGCAAGCAUUCUUGGACAGUUUUUUGGUACGUAUGUGUCUCGUUAUGUGUUCUAUAUCUCUAUCUUACGUUCUGCAACACUUGUAAAGACAAGUGUUGAAUUAAGAAAAGCUAAAGAAUAUUACUUUUCAAGAUAGUAUAUAAAGAAAAUGACUGGGGUGUUGCUUCUAUCUUUCUGGUACAGAUGUUGCUAUCUGGUUGUUGAAUAUGGAUGAGAAACUAGCUCAACACAAGGAUAUGAAUGGAAUGACAUGUCUUCAACUUCUAUCUAAUAUGCCACUUGUAUUUAGGAGCCAAGCCCCUGCCAUGGGAGCAGUGAAGAAUCUUAUAUAUAACAUGCUUCCUGAGGAAGGAUAUGAAAUCCAUGAUGAUGAUGAAAAUGGCAGUGCUGAUGACUACACACGUCAAAGGAACGAUAUAGAAAGUGGCCAACAAGACAAGGCAAAGUUGCCUAGUUCAGUUCUUUCGAGGAUCAACUUUGCUAUUUGGAGAACUCUGGCAAAAGAGUUUGAUGGGAUUGGACGUAUAUGGCAACUAAAGAAGCAGCAUAAAUUAGCAAAGCAUCUGUCUGAGUUGUUAGUGGAGAAGGACUUUUCAUGGCAGAUUUCGUUUCACGAAAACUUCCAACCCUUGAUUGUAUUGCCGGUUCUUUCCUCCAAAUCCGACAGGAUAAAACACCUUCACCACACGAAGGAGAUGCACAAGAUCAACAGUGAAAUGUCUCGUUCCAGAAGUUCCAGACCUAUAACCACCGCAACAAGUUUUCCCCAUUCUCAGAACUACACGCCACUUCUCAUGGCAGCUGGCUCAGGAAUCGUGGAAAUCGUUGGGAAAAUAAUUGACAGGUUUCCGGAGGCCAUUUGUCACGUUAGCCAGGAUGAACACAACGUUCUACACAUGGCUGUGAAGCACCGUCAGCUGAAGAUCUUUAACAUGCUAAAGAAACAUUCAGCAUUCAAAUCAUUGAUAUUCCGGAUAACAGCAGAAGGUCGUACUCUCUUGCACCAAAUUUCGAGAAUGGAAUUUUACGUAGAACAGCACCUACCUGGUGUUGCAUUCCAACUCCAAGACGAGUUACGCUGGUACGAAGUAAGCUUCUAUAUUCAUCUCACCCUUUACAAGAAAAAAUUACUGCAUAGUCUAACUCUAAUAUUGUAG